CCAUAACUAGGUCCGGAUUCAUCACAGGCCCCCGGGGUUCUCUCUGAAAAACUACGUAAUGGAUUGAGAGGAAACGAAGAAAGAACGGCGCAUCUACAAUCGUUUGGGGAUGCUCUACAAGAUCGCAGGGGGUAUGGUGCUGCCAGAGGACCCAGAUGAAUACCUGACAUCUAAACCUCAACGAAGAACUGUCAAAGAAUGGCAGCGAUUAGGACCAUAGAGCAGUAUGUUGAGGAAAUCCUGCAGCAGUUGACAGAUGCUGACUACGACAGUCUAACCUCAUCAUGUGACACACUGGAAAAGAUGAAGUUCAGUUCAAAGCUCAAACACAAGCUUAACUACUGGCGGGUGAUGCAGUGUUUGGGUGAGAUCGGGUCAGAUCGGCUAGUUGGUUUCCUCAUCAAGGUAGACAAGUUGUCAUGCAAGUGUCAUUUAAAAAUGAAUUUCACAUGUCUGAUGAGGCUGUUUUUGGAGUCCAUGUGCAAUAUUAGGGUUAUCAAGAGGUUCAGUGAACAUCAAUUGAAGAUUGUGCCUGUUUUGUAUCGGGGCGUGAGACAGUCUGAAGAUUCUAACCUGACCGCACUCUGUCUCGAAGCAAUCUUGAGGUUGCUGUAUGUCGGCCGUACAGACAGCGUGGAAUUUUUUGUAAAAUAUGGCUUGAUGAAAGAUAUUUUUCUUGAAAUUAGAUCUAAAUGUGCUUCAAGGGUUUUUUCCCUUCACGCAAUAAAUGUUCUCUUGACAAGCUCACAGCUGCUCUUGUCCGUGUCAGUCUGCGGCACUGAAAACAUUAGGAAGCAGGUGGCUAGGUCUAGUGCCUAUAAGUUGUUCAGAGAGAAAGUUUUGAGAAUGUUGGACUCAAGUUCACACAAAUGCAGUAUUCUGCAGCUGCAUAGAAACUUUUUGGAGAUUAACAAAGUUCUAUCUGACGAGAAGGUUGCGUUGGAGGCUUUUAAAAACUGGGAUCCGAAAGAAAAGCUGAAUGAUUUACAAGAACAAGACCAGGUUUACAUAUUUUGUUCAUCACCAAGUUGCCGGAAAAUAUAUGGCGAAUGUGGGAAGUUUCGUUACUGUGGAGCAUGUAGACUGGCCCGCUACUGUACUGAAGCGUGCCAGAAAGAGCAUUGGAAGAAAGGCCAUAAGGAUUCCUGCCAGAGGGCAAGGACAGACAUCGGCUGAAAAUAAAGACGUUGAUUGGAAGUAGAUCACAGUGCUUCUGUUAAUAUUUAACUUUCGUUUUGUUGGUUGUGAUAUUAAGUUGUGUACAUGAACCAGUAUUAGUUGAACAAAAUGUCAAUCUACUUAUCUAACCAUAAGGGCAUUGAAAAUACUUGUCUUUUAUGUUUAUAUUUAACCUAGUUGUCUUUGCAUCUGUUCAUUGACGUGCUUCUUAUAUUGGUUGUGUUUUUAUGCAGUAGUUCAAUAGUGCAUUUACUAUUUUUGUAUGUGAGCAAAAUGUGCUAUAGAUUUAUUGUUAACUGCCAAAUUGAAUGGCAAUACUUGUUUUUUUCCUCUUAAUGCCUUCAAUCACUAUAUUACUUACUAAGUUGUGUACAACAUGACGAAUGGACUAAAAAAAUAUAAGCAAUAACUCCUAAAAUACUGAUUAGAGAGUUGUGGUUUUAGUACUGUGCACUUCUUCUCAAUGUCCUCUAUAAAUGUACAAAGUUUUAUUUUAAUACCUUCAAUACAAAGGGAUUUAUGCUUCACACAGGAAAAUUCACUAAAGGGCAAUAAGCUCUUUGUGUCCUGACUUGUACUCUGCUUUUCCUCUUUAUGCCUUCCAUCGUUUUAUGAAAUAUAUGUUGAAUCCCUUUAAUACUUUAUAGAGUUAUUCUGUGCACAAGAAGCCAUAUAGAAUGGCGGACGGAUGGAAAGAAAGGACAUACAAUGAGAUUACUAAUUAACAAAUAACUAUAACUAAUAAAAUGGAAAUGUAACUUUACCCUUUUUGGCAAAAAUGUACCCGCUGUACACUGUCUCUGACAGCUCCAUUAAGAUCAGAUUCAAAAUUCACCAUCCAAUAAGACUUAAAUUCAAGAUUGCCCCAGUAAAUUUGUGCUCUAGCAAUAAUAAUUGAUAUACAUGUACAUCAUUGUAAUAUGAACUUGUUCAUUCACUGACAGAUCAGUAAGCAAUGCGUGUUUGAAUUUAUAUAGAAUUCUUAAUUGUGAUGUUAUUUAAGGUAAUUGAACUUAACUCUCUUUAAGAGAAAAAGCAAUUCUGAGUUAAAUAAUAAUUAAAGUCUGAUACAUGAAGAAUUGUUUGUUUGAAAUAGGUCUUGGAGCUUUCUUUACAAAUUUAAGACUAUCAAUUGAGUCUAGGUAUUAUGGAAAAUUAUAACGGGAUCCGGACAUAAGCCCCCCAGGACAUGUGCAAAGCUUUAUUUUGCCUUUUAUAUAAGAACAGGGUAAAUAGCCUACCUUGUUUGUGUGUUGGUCUCAUUUAUGCCAGGUCAGAGACAAAAUAAAAAAACAUGCGAUCAUCGUAUAAUUAUUAAAAUCAUUUUUUAAAUGAAUGGGAGCAGUUAAGUAAAUUACUCCUUUUGAGAGAAGAAAUCUUAUACCUGUAAAUGUCGUUGUUUUUAUUUAGCUCGUAAUUGUUUUACUUUCAACCUCAAAUUAUAGUGUAGCAGUUUGUAAUUACAUGUAUAUUUAUGAACAUUUUAUAAUCGAUGUUGUAAUAGCUACCGUAGACAAUGUUACAUUUUGAAGAAAUAAUCUGUUUGGAGAUCAAUGUUUUGUAUUAAGAUUAUGAACAUUUAAUGUUUUUCUUAGUAAAAGAGUAAGUAAGUUUAUUUCAGGAUUUGUUUACCAACAUAUAAUAAGGAGAUUUAGCUUAUGACUAUAUCGAAUAUCCAUAUACAGGUACUGACAUUUGAGUGUUCAUACUUCACAGACAUCUGAUCAAUCACAGAAGAUCUGAUCAACUUCACAAGGUGCUUUAAACUGAUAUUUUUUUGUUCUAGCCUUUUAUGUUUGUUUCAUGUUUGUGGCAUUACUCACAUAAUUAUUGGGCAUUGAUGUUUUUUUUCACUUGUUUACUUUUGUUCAUAUAUAACCGUACAGUAAUUACUCUAAUUUUCUGACACUAGAAGAAUUCGGACACUCAUUUUAAGCCAAAAUAAAUGUAUGUUUUACUUUUAUUUUGGACACUGAGAUGUUACUUUAUUGUAAUUGACUUAAACUUUUAAGAAAGUUCAAUUCUAUGAGAAUACUAUCUAGUUGUGAUAUUCUGGUGACGAAAAAAUGGCAUGCAAUUUUUCAAAGGGAUGGCGGUUAUAAAACCGGGCAGAUCAUUGCAAGAAGUCUGUGGACUGUGAUCUUUGCUUUAUUUGGUAAACAAUUGUUUCACUCUAUAGCUUGAGAAACCAAUAAGUUCUGCAUAAUUAAUUCACAGUUUUUUGGUAAUAAUGCUUUUUUGCAUUGGGUCAAGAACAAAUUAAUGUCAAUUAUGAAAAUUGAUUACAAUGUACUUUUGAAUAUAAGUGUUACCUAAAUAAGUGCAUGUAAACAAUUGAGUUGUCUACUGCGGUAAGUCAUUAUGCCUCUUCUCAAAAAGUUAAGUAUGAUUCAAAAGCAAACUACUAAAUCAUAAUUAACACAGUUUAUUUAAGUUGAAUUUAAUAAUAAAAAGUUCAUUAUCCAGUAUUGUAUCAAAUGCUCAUUUUUUUGGUGUACGAGUGGUCAAAGUUUAUCCUUUGAAAACGUUUCUCCAAAACAAAAUAACAAAUAUGAAAUAGUUCUUAAUUGAUUGCAAACAUAUCUUCAAGCCACUAAUACUUUUAAGGCGUGAAAUUUACAAGAACAUGCUAUCAUUGAUCAAACCAUUUGGUGAGUAAGGUUACACCAAGGAAUAUCCCAACCGCAUGUUAAUGCGAUAGGUAAAUUGUCAGGGUGACUCUAAAUUUUAAGAUACUGACUUUUGGAAAUAUUUUUGUGUUUCUGAAUUUUGGACACUUCCAAAGUCAUUAUCUGUAAGUUUCAGAAAAUAUAGAGUAAUUAUUGCUUAUUUGUUCAUCUUGUUUAUUUGAUAUUUUACGGUUCUUACCUAUUGUGUUCCUGUAUGAUACUGGUAUUAUAAUUUACAUGAUUGUGGCAUUACUUACAGAUACAUAUCGGGCAUUGAUGUUGGUUUUUACUUGUUCACUUUUUUUUUACAUAUUAUUUUGGGUUAACAUGAUCAGGUAAUAACAUUUUCAAUAAAUGUGUUUUUAAACUGG